AUGGCUCCAACACUGACGAUCCGCGGCCUAGCUUUGGCUUUUGCUUCGCUGGUCCAAUUGGUGGGUAGUGUUUCUUCGGAAGCAAAGGACGUGUCAAGCACUAUUAGCUUUUCUAAGUGUAGUCAAGAGCUAUACCUGACAAACGAGUUUGAGUGUGGCACACUCACAGUACCCAUCGAUCACGAUCACCCAGAGACCGGAACGAUCGAAUUGUUCGUCUCCCGUCGCAGAGGAAAUGGCACAGCUCCCGUCCUGGGAAAUCUCGUCUUCAACAACGGCGGACCUGGCGCCAGCUCUUUGAUAAUGUUUCAGUCUUUAAGCCAAGGCUUAUCUCCCUUCAGCCAAGAAAUUCUUGAAAAAUACGACAUUAUUUCCGUAGACCUCCGCGGUAUUGGCUUGAGCAACCCCAUUUCCUGCGACAAGGACAUCUGGAACAACCAGCCAGAGAUCCUCGCGAUGGAUGACGAGAGCUUUGACUCACUGGUCACCCACAACAAAGCCCUUGGAGAAAGUUGCCUCAGAUUGACGGGACCUCUUGUAGAGUUUAUGGACUCAGUCUCGACGAUUAAGGAUCUUGAACUGCUCCGCCAGGCUCUCGGUGGGGAAAAGCUCAACUACAUCGGAUAUUCGUAUGGCACCCUUCUGGGUCAAAUGUACGUCGAACUCUAUCCAGAGCAUGUCGGCCGAUUUAUUCUCGACGCGGUCAUUGAUCAUGCCCCAAGUGAUGACAUCUACGGCAUCAUGACUGAGACGCAGACCUACGAGGCAACUCUGAAGCAAUUCUUUGCCUGGUGCAAGGAGACCCCCGAUGAAUGCCCCAUCGCGGACAAGGACCUUCCGGCUCUAUUCAAGAACCUUACUGUCCUCAACUCUUCCAUACCUGCGCCUCAAUGCAACGGCACCUGUAAGACAGUCGCCACCGGUGAAGAUAUUUUGUUCGGCACGGAGGAUAGGCUAGCUUUCAAGGAGUCGAACGCGGGCUUCAUAGACGCAAACUGGUCAACGCUCGCCGGUGUUCUCUACGCGGCAGCCAACGGCGACGGCUCGGCGUUUUCUCGCAAUCUAUUUCAGAAGGACGUGGAUGAGAACCCUUCAGAAUCCAAGUUCGCCAACCGUGCUGUGUGGUGCCAGGACUACGGUACCACAAUCCGCUCCGCCACCGACGUGAAACGAAUCGUGGACCUCGCGAGCGCUCUCACCCCAUUAACACGAGGGGCCAGCGAGUCCCUAGAUGCUAGGGUGCAUUGCGUUGGCUGGCCGACUCCCGUGCGCAACCCACCCCAUCGGCUGGAUGCCGGCCAGGUCGCCAAGCUACCUCCCCUGAUGCUUGUCAAUGCGUUCUACGAUCCGGAGACCAGCCCGGUGUGGGCGGAGGCUGUCAGAAACCAGCUUCCGUCCGCUGUUACUGUUUGGAGAGACGGGGCGGGCCACAGCAGCUACAUACUCUUCGGGGAGACUAGCAAAGCCAUGGAUGACUUUUUGAUCAAUGGAAACUUGCCGAAGGAUGGCACAGUCUACAACUCAUAA